CUGUCUACCUUUGUCAUACUCGAGGGAAGCUCCAAUUUUGAGAUGUUUUCCUUAGUUUCUACCACACAACAGACCUGGGUCAUUUUCUUCUUCGGGUUUGUGUACUCGAAAAUAAUUUACGUUUAAUGAUUUGCAACUUGAGGUCUCUCCAACAAUCUCCGAGGUGCUUUUCUAUCAUUUUCGAACGCAAGGAGUGCUACGGAGGGAGGGGUCGGCUAAAUGUAUGGGUGGGCAGUUGACGAUUCCUCAGUCGUCACAAGACUGACCAACAACAAAAUACAUGCGGUAGACACCUGAGAUAAUGGAUGAGCAUAUAGCACAAGCCCCACGCCAAGCGGGCUUUCCCGGCUGGACCCAGACUCCGAUCCCAGGAGUCUCGCUCUCCGCCGGCGGCCUACUUGCACUAGCAGACCUGACGACGGUCGCGCAGCGGACGGCCAUCAAGGGCGGGUCGUCGUGGCUGGACAGCCUGCUGCUCGUGCCGGGCCUGCACUACCAGCAGGCGGCCGACGAGAUUGCGCGGAGCGGCGGGGGCGGAUGGAGCUGGGGGUGGGAUUAUGGCGGUGGAGGUGUUGCCACUGCCGCUAACACUGGUGUGGUCUCUUCCGCAGGCGAGGGCUUCGUCGGCAUGGUCAACAACUCGCCCAUGAUGAUGUAUCUCAACAAGGUGGUGCAUCAGGCGCGGGAGAGGGGAGGCGGAGAGGGUGUUGUCUUUCUGGAUGUUGGGGCUUUGGGCAAGAGGAAGAGUAAGAAGGCCGCAGGGAGGGGGAAGGGGAAGCGUGGGGCCGAUGAGGGUGAUGGCGACGAGGGGCAUGGUUUGGAUUUGGGAUGGCUCUCGCACUGGCUGUACCUGAUGAGUCCCAUCCUUACUAUCGCGGCCUUGGUCAUGUUGAUCCUGGUUGAGGAUUGGUGGGCUCUCGGCUGCAUCCUCACACUCAUGAUAUCCCGCAUCCUCAACAUCUGGGUGAUCAAACAACGGGCUCGCAAAAAAGUCCACUUCAACCCACCCGAACCAGAAGCACAGCCGCCCUGGCGACAGCCGUCAAUGACGACAGCAGAGUCCAGCAUGUCCAUCACGUCGCGAGUCCGGCGCCAGCGCCGAAGGCACGAACGACAGCAUCGCGCCGCAGCCACCAACCCCCCAACACCACCACUACCGCAACCACCGGCGUCCUUACCACCACCACCUAGCAACAUGACGCAGAUAACCAUAACCCUCCCCAGCAGCGGGGGGCGCGUGCGCCUGCGCGGCAGCCCCGCGGACCUGCACGCCGUGACGACCGAGACGUGGAUGCGGGCCAAGACGAGGCACGAGGGCUAUCUCGAGGCGGCCGCCAAGCUGCUCGUGUACCUGGUCGCGGCCGUGAGCGGAAACUGGACGCAGGCCGGCGCCAUCGUCGUCAUGGUGCUGCUGCUGGCCAGCGCGGGGCUCCUGGCGCUCAGCAACGGGUGCGCGAGGGGCGUCGAGGUGAAUGGGAGGAUCGUCGCUGCUGGGUCGGGCGGUGGCAAGGAUGGAGAGGUGUCUGGGGGUGGCGAGGGGGUUGUGGGAGAUGGUCACGGUGGUGAGGGGAUUGGUAGAGCCUUUUAUAACAAUAAUGGCGGGAGCUGGGGCGGUAGGUCUGAGAGGGAGCGUCCUGUUGAUAGUGGUGCGAUGGAUGACUGGGCCGAAAGGGGGAUGGCGGCUGAGGCUCGCAAGAGGGAGGAAGGGGGUGAUACUUAUCCCUCCCGAUAUCCUCCAACAAGAGACUGAGAAAAGAAAUCCAUCUUUGGUAAUUUUCGUGGGGAUGACAAAGUUCGAUGUCAAUAGACACAGCAAACAAUAUGUAGGAUAUCAUAUAUACCAAAGAUAUCAACAGUUAAUGGUUGCACCCAUCAAAC